AACAAACAGCAAGCGUACGCCGCCGGGGGACAUCAAUGGUGGAGUACGCGUCCAUUCAGGGAACGGUCUGAGAGACCAUUACAUUUGCUUACAUGGAGAGCUGAAACUAAAUAUGAGGUUAACGUCCUUAAUGAUGUACAUAUCUUCGGUUCUGCUAUUUAUUUUGUAUGUAUUUACUGGAUUUUCUGAAGCUGCACCUCGCAUCAGUCCCUACGAUGCGUCGCCUAUCUCCAGUAAGCCGGGCUCAUCCUCCGACACCUGGAAGACCUUCCUCACCGACAUGCCUCGUUCUUUACCCGACAGCAGAUUCCUUCUCGGGCCUAUAGCUAGACUUACAGAGACGGCUUCGAGUGUUUCAAGCGGGCCGACGGCCACUAACAACCCUUUCUCUGAAACUGAAACCGUCUUCCAGCUUGGAACAACGGGGCCAAUAACCACCACAAGCGCUCCAGCCGUCCCCGAUACGGGAAUAAUCUCAUCCUCCAAGGAACAAAUAACAGCCACGUUUUCCAGAUUAAACAAACGAUCCAUCGAUGCUCAAACAUCACAUUUUACUCCGGAAAAAAUGCUGCAGACUAUGGUGUCCAUGGUUUCAGAGCGCACAGCCAAUGAUGCCUGGGCUGGAGAUAAUAUUGGUACAUCUUUUACCUCAAUAGAGAAUAGUCAAGAGGGCUCGUGUAACUGCAGCAGUGGCAGUGAGGGGAUUGUGGAGCCGGACGACUGCGACCAAAUCACCGGUCAGUGUGUGUGUCUGCCGGGCUACGUCGGCCUGCAGUGUGAAGACUGCGAGGAGGGUUACUUCACCAACGGCACCAGCGGCUGCCUGCCCUGCUCCUGCGACUCCUUCGGUGCUGUGAGCCAUCUCUGUGACAGCUCAGGGAUCUGUGUGUGUAAAACGGGGGUGUUUGGGCCCAAGUGUGACGAGUGCCAUCCGGGAUUCUUCCACUUCAGCAGCACGGGCUGUCGGCCCUGUCAGUGCAACAACCACACCAGCUACUGCCACCCACAGUCUGGAGUGUGUCUGAGCUGUGAAGGAAACACCCAGGGGUCCAAUUGUGAAGAGUGUAAGCCUGGUUUCUACCGCAGCCCAGAAGCCGCCCUGACCGAAGCCUGUGCCCCAUGUCCCUGCUCCAACUCCAGCUCUACCGGCACCUGUCACACCGAUUCCAGUGGCUCUCCAGUGUGUGACCAGUGCCUUCCCCGUUUCAGCGCCCCACACUGUGACAAGUGCAGCGCCGGCUUCUACAAAGUAUCUGGGGCUUGUGUCCCAUGUGACUGCAGUGGGAAUGCAGACCCUCAAGGCCCUGAUCAGCUCUGCCACCCUGACACAGGCAUCUGCCUCCGUUGCAUCAACAACACCGCCGGGCCUCAGUGCCAGCUGUGUGCCCCUGGGUUCGUAGGGGACGCCCGGGUGCACAACUGCACCCGUCUCACCCCCCGGCUCAUUCCAGCACCAGCAGCUCCAACCACAUCCCAGCCCCCUACAUCCAGUCCAUCAACCUCAUCCACAUCUUUCACCAGCACCACGCUGACCUCCACCACAGCCAGAAGAAUCCCAUCCUCCAAAUCCAGCAGCAACGCUAGCACCUCCCCGAGCAGCACCACCACCACUCAGGCCCUGCUCACCAGUCUGAGCAGCCCCACCGACAACACCACAGCCGCCCUGACCGAGGUCUCAUGGACGCAGUUCAACAUCAUCAUCCUGGCUGUCAUCAUUCUGGUGGUGCUGCUGCUGCUGGGCUUCGUGGGAGGCGUAUACACCUAUCGGGAGUACCAGAACCGCAAGCUCAACGCCCCCUUCUGGACCAUAGAACUGAAAGAGGACAACAUCAGCUUCAGCAGCUACCACGACAGCAUUCCCAACGCGGACGUGUCGGGCCUGCUGGAGGACGAGGCCAACGAGGUGGCGCCCAACGGCCAGUUAGCCCUCACCACACAAGGAAACUGCUACAAGGCUUAGAGCUUCACUCAUUCCCAAACCAGACACUUAGAUUUACAGAUGACACAAAGCUGCUGGAACGCACCAAAUCCAAAGCUCCUUUAUGUAUGACUGCUUGUUACCCUGCUCAUCUGCAGCGUUCGCAACACUUGACAAGCAAAAAUCAAACAGAUUUGAUCAAAGAUAGAGAAAAGAUGAAGAGUUUCCUCUUGAAACAUUUCCCCCCUUUUUCUUUUAAAUUUCUUUUCUCUUUUUUCAUGAAAUGGGCGAUCAGUGAAAACAGAUCCAAAGAAAAUCCAGUUUGUUUGAGUUGUGCCACUGGAGGGCACCGUUGUGCUGAUUCACGGGGUAAUCGUAGGAUGUGAGGCAGUUCAGAGCACUCACCUGUGCUGAAACAACGGUUAGACGACAUACAGGAAGGCCUAAGCAUAUUCAUUUAUUUUUACAUAUGGACUUUGGACAGCUUAAGUUAUAAACUGGAUCACUUAGUGCAGUGAUUUUACAAGCUGAGGACAAUGAUUGUUACUUUAAUGAAUUUUUAUUCUGGUCCCCCCUUAUUUAUUGGUUGACGAUUUCAUUAUCUUGGGGAGAAAUGCUGCACAUGUAUUGAGGGUGUUUAUUACAUGGUGUUUUAAUCUGGCGUGGCUGUUGAAUGGCAUUUUGAAUCGGCCAUGCCUGUUUCAUGUAUAGUUUGUGUGAUGUGGAGAGAGUCCCAGCAGAAGACAAAGACUGCUGGCACAACACAUUAUUGACCUCACCUUUUGUUUAUAGCUUCCUGUAUUUUGUUAAAGUGUGCCAGCCCCUAUGAAGUAUGUACGAGGAGUGUUUCUUUUAAAGAAACAACAGCUACCAUUUAUACUCUCACCAUCAGGCAGGGAAGUGACACUUUCUCGACUUGGCCACAAUUGUGUAAUCUAAUCUGCUCUUUGCUGCCUACCUCAGCAAACGAAGGACAAACCAUUUGAAAAUCCUUUUUACAUUUUAGUAGAGUGUGGGUGGCGUGACUCACACAACAGAGCCAUUAGGUGUCUGCAACAGUAUUCCAGUGUUGAUACUGUUGUUAUGGAGUCUACCAUGCUCUCUAACAACUUACACCAAGUUGCAUCAGCAGUGAGUUGCUAUAAAAUCAGUGCACUACACGCCUGAUUCCCGGCACAGGUCUCCCGUUAUCUGUGUCAUGCAGGCUACUGUUGGUUGGGUGUGUUUCUUUUUAUUAUGGUGAAUGAAUAAAGUUAAUUAAGGAACUAACUCCUCAGGUACUGGCUCUCUCCCUAAUGUGAUCACUGUAAAUAUUAUUAUUAUUACUGUACAGAUGAAUGUGAAUAGUAGCGCUAUUAUUGUACAGGUAGAAUACUGUGUGUACACUGUCACUCAGCAGGCUCCAACCCUUUCACUCUUCAGGCUGCGAUGUUGCAGUCAGACCACAGCUUUUUCUAUUGUUUUUAUUCCUUAUUGUAAGUGAACUUUGCCAUAUGAAGCUGCAGGACUAUGAAAGAAAAAAAAAUUAAUAAGAAAGAAUGAAGAUGAUGUAAAUAUCAAAAACUCAGAGCUCAACUCUCAAAUAAAAGUGGGUUUAACUGU